AUGUCUAACAGCAGCUCCAUCACCGAGUUCCUCCUCCAGACAUUUUCAGACAGAUGGGAGCUGCAGCUCUUGCACUUCUGGAUCUUCCUGGGCAUCUACCUGGCUGCCCUCCUGGGCAACAGCCUCAUCAUCACCGCCAUCACCUGUGACCACCACCUCCACACCCCCAUGUACUUCUUCCUCCUCAACCUCUCCGUCCUCGACCUGGGCUCCAUCUCUACCACUGUUCCCAAAGCCAUGGCCAAUUCCCUCUGGGACACCAGGGACAUCUCCUACUUGGGAUGUGCUGCACAGGUAUUUCUGUUUGUUUUUUUCAUUUCAGCAGAGUUUUAUCUUCUCACCAUCAUGGCCUAUGACCGCUACGUUGCCAUCUGCCAACCCCUGCACUACGGGACCCUCCUGGGCAGCAGAGCUUGUGUCCACAUGGCAGCAGCUGCCUGGGGCACUGGGCUGCUCAAUUCUCUCCUGCACACUGCCACCACAUUUUCCCUACCCCUCUGCCAAGGCAAUGCUGUGGACCAGUUCUUCUGUGAAAUCCCCAAGAUCCUCAAGCUCUCCUGCUCAGACUCCUACCUCAGGGAACUUGCCAUAAUUAUGGUUACUGCCUGCUUAUUUUUUUUUUGUUUCAUUUUCAUCAUGUUGUCCUAUGUGCAGAUCUUCAGGGCCGUGCUGAGGAUCCCCUCUGAGCAGGGACGGCACAAAGCCUUUUCCACGUGCCUCCCUCACCUGGCAGUCAUCUCCCUUUAUUUCAGCACUGCCAUGUUUGCCUACCUGAAGCCCUCCUCCAUUUUCUCCUCAUCCCUGGACCUGGUCGUGUCCUUUCUGUACUCAGUGGUGCCUCCAGCAGUGAACCCCCUCAUCUACAGCAUGAGGAACAAGGACAUCAAGGAUGCCCUGAGGAAACUACAGGGGCUGAUGGCUGAUGCCAUCCUGGAGAGGUACUGGGAGUUUCCAGGAGAGCUCAAGUGUUCUUCAGGAACGAUGUGUGAGUGUGCAUGGGAAGUGAGUGGUACCUUCUACAGUGAGUAA